GCCAGGGUUCCUGGGCAGCCACAGUCAUGGCGGCGACCGCCCCCAGGGCUGGGGGCUCCGCACCUGAGGCGGCGGCUUCCCCCGACCCUCCGCUGCAGUACAGCCUUCUUCUGCAGUACUUGGUGGGCGACAAGCGUCAGCCCCGACUCCUGGAGCCUGGGAGCCUGGGCGGGAUCCCGAGUCCAGCCAAGAGUGAGGAGCAGAAGAUGAUCGAGAGGGCGAUGGAAAGCUGUGCCUUCAAGGCUGCGCUGGCCUGCGUGGGAGGAUUUGUCUUGGGAGGUGCAUUUGGGGUGUUCACCGCUGGCAUUGAUACCAACGUCGGCUUUGACCCCAAGGAUCCUUACCGCACGCCGACGGCCAGAGAAGUCCUUAAAGACAUGGGCCAGAGAGGAAUGUCCUAUGCCAAAAAUUUUGCCAUUGUGGGCGCCAUGUUUUCUUGCACUGAAUGUUUAGUAGAAUCUUACCGGGGAAAAUCAGAUUGGAAGAACAGUGUCAUUAGUGGCUGCAUCACUGGAGGAGCCAUUGGUUUCAGAGCUGGCUUGAAGGCUGGGGUCAUCGGCUGUGGAGGGUUUGCUGCUUUCUCCGCUGCGAUUGACUAUUACCUACGGUGAGGACACUGGUGUCCGGCAAGGACGAUGGCAGCCCAGGAUCAAGGCUGCUCUGUGGAGGGCAGCUUCUGUACCACUCCAGGGCACUUGCUGCAGAGACUGAAGACAUUUGUUUUCUCUCCCGUAGUUGGUGUCGUGAGGGAGCUGCCUGGCUGCAGUCGGCUACCUCUGAGCAGCCACGCUCUCUGCACCUGGACUCGAGCCAGGCUGUGCGGGGUAGAUGCCAUGCCAGAUUCUCUCUUUUGGGCAGUCAAGGAGUCAGUGUGCUGACCUGUAGGAACUGAGUCCCACAAAGGGGCAGCCCCGCAGCCUGUGGUGCUGUGGGGAUGGAGGGGACUUGACCCAUGCCUGCAGGCAUCCAUCUCAGACCUCAGGGCAGGGCCGAGCGGAGCCAUGCCGUCCGGCCGGUCAUGUCAUUUUGUUCAGUGUUCUGCUAUCCUUGUUAUAUAGAUAUAUGUGUGUAUG